AUGAUGGUACGAAAGACGCACACCAAGUCCCGACGAGGCUGUUUGGUGUGCAAGCGACGACACGUUAAAUGUGACGAGACGAAGCCGCGGUGUGCGCCGUGCACCCGUUUAGACCUCGAUUGCACAUGGCCAAACCCGCGCGGAAUAGGAACAGGAACAGAAGGAAGCAACAAUGCCUCCCCAACACCCUCACCAGGCUGGUCAUCAAACAUACCCAACACACCCGAUACCAUUCAAGGCAACAGCGAUCCACCAGACCUCGCAAUACCAGACCUCAAACUCCUCCACUUCUGGACCCUCAACACCUCCCUAACCUGCACCUCCCCCUCAACCCUCCACACCUACCAAUCCACCCUCGUAGACCUAGGCUUCCAAUUCCCCUACCUCCUCCGGGGCCUCCUCGCCCUCUCCGCCCUGCACCGCGCAAUAAUCUACCCCUCCGAACGCAGUCACAAUCUCCUCAAAUCCUCCGAACACUACGACGCCGCAAUUUCAGCUUAUUUGCAUGUAAUCCAAAACCCCGAUCCAGCAACUUGCGCUCCGAUUUUUGCUUUAAGUGGGAUUUUACAUAUGCAUCAGUUGGGUAUGGCGCAGAUUCAGAAACCUGAGGAUCCGAUUCAGGCGAUUUGUGGUUGGAUUCAGGUCGUGAGGGGGGUGAGAGCUAUGAUUCGACCGCAUUGGCAACGGCUUAUAAGUUCGGAAGUUGCGCCUAUUAUUGCUCGAGCGCAAGGGAGAGGGAAAGUUGAUCGAUCAAUCCGGACGGAGGUCAUGCAGUUGAUGGAUAUGAUUGAUGAGGCGAAAAUUGAGGAUCCCGAGGUUGAGCAGAGUUAUCGAAAGGCGGUGCAGGAGUUGAAUACGGUUUUUUUGGAGGUGGAGGAUUUUGGGGAGAGGAAUCCGCAGGAUGCGGUGGGGUUGUUGAUGAAUUGGUUGGCGUCGGGGGUGGAUGAGAGGUUUGUGGAGUUGUUGAAUGGGAGGGAGCAGUGUACGUUGGUGUUGAUGGCGUAUUUUGCGGUGCUGUUUCAUGUUAAGGAGACUUCGUGGUUUAUGAGGGGGUGGCCGAAGUGGACUUUGGAGUGUGUGGAGAGUCAAUUGGACCAGGAUCUUUGGAAGUGGAUUGAGUGGCCGCGGAAGAUGAUUCGUGGUGGCUCGGGUGCGAUGGAUGCUGUGACAUGA